AUGUCUUCCCUUACUACACUUAUCAGCUCUUCCGUUGCUGUCGCCUCAGCCAGCGCAACCUCUACUUCCACCUCUCAACACGGCUCACACUCUGACAAAAUCGCCAUGAUUUGCAUAACUCUUGGCGUCGUCUUUGCGUUCAUCGCACUUAUCCUUCCAUGCAUCUGUUUCCAGGGACUCGCACACUGGCAGCAAAAGAGAGAGGAGAAAAAGGAGGCUAGGGAACGGGAGAAGGCGAAUGCGGCGGUUGGAAGGGUGGUUGAUGAUCAGAGAAGGCUGAAUAUUUGGGACGAGGUUUGA